GCUGGACGCCCCGGAGGAACAAGGAGACCUCCAGUCCCUCUUGUGCUAAGGUCCCCGGCUCGAGAGGCGCCAUGGCGGACAAGCUGAAGGACCCCAGCACCCUGGGCUUCCUGGAGGCGGCCGUGAAGAUCAGCCACACGUCCCCAGACAUCCCGGCCGAGGUGCAGAUGUCGGUCAGAGAGCACAUCGUGCGUCACACGCGGCUGCAGCGACAGACCACAGAGCCAGCGUCAUCCACCAGGCACACGUCCUUCAAGCGCCACCUGCCCCGGCAGAUGCACGUCUCCAGCGUGGACUAUGGCCACGAGCUGCCGCCGGCCGCAGAGCAGCCCACCAGCAUCGGCCGCAUCAAGCCCGAGCUGUACAAGCAGAAGUCGGUGGAUGGGGACGACGCCAAGUCCGAGGCCGCCAAGAGCUGCGGGAAGAUCAACUUCAGCCUGCGCUACGACUACGAGACCGAGACCCUGAUCGUGCGCAUCCUGAAGGCCUUCGACCUCCCCGCCAAGGACUUCUGCGGCAGCUCGGACCCUUACGUCAAGAUCUACCUCCUGCCCGACCGCAAGUGCAAGCAGCAGACGCGGGUGCACCGCAAGACCCUGAACCCCACCUUCGACGAGCACUUCCACUUCCCCGUGCCCUACGAGGAGCUGGCUGACCGCAAGCUGCACCUCAGUGUCUUCGACUUCGACCGCUUCUCCCGCCACGACAUGAUCGGGGAGGUGAUCCUGGACAACCUCUUUGAGGCCUCCGACCUGUCCCGGGAAACCUCCAUCUGGAAGGACAUCCAGUACGCCACGAGUGAAAGCGUGGAUUUGGGGGAGAUCAUGUUCUCCCUCUGCUACCUGCCCACAGCAGGCAGGCUCACCCUCACAGUGAUCAAGUGUCGGAACCUCAAGGCCAUGGACAUCACCGGCUACUCAGAUCCUUACGUCAAAGUGUCCCUGCUUUGUGACGGGCGGAGGCUGAAGAAGAAGAAAACCACCAUAAAGAAGAACACUCUCAAUCCUGUCUACAACGAGGCCAUCAUCUUUGACAUCCCGCCAGAGAACAUGGACCAAGUCAGCCUGCUCAUCUCCGUUAUGGACUAUGACCGAGUGGGCCACAAUGAGAUCAUAGGAGUCUGCCGCGUGGGGAUCAACGCGGAAGGCCUGGGCAGGGACCACUGGAACGAGAUGCUGGCGUACCCGCGGAAGCCCAUCGCGCACUGGCACUCCUUGGUGGAGGUAAAGAAAUCCUUCAAAGAGCAGUGGCAGGGCCGCGCCGCCAGCUUCGACAGCGAGAGCUCGUGCCCCUCUCCGAAGCCACCUCCGACCCCAUGAGCCGCACGGCCGAGCCACACCAACGGGACCCAGCACCGUUCUUUCUGCACCUGUUCAACCGUCUAAACACAGUGCCGUGCCGUCGGCGCACCAGGGGCAGCGCGGCACACGGGGUCCUACCUGCUCCUGUGUAGGUCAAGGCCGAGACACUUGUCCUGCGCUCAGAUCUGUCUUAGUCCUUUCUGUCUCCCAAGGUGAUGUUUUUUUGUGUGCGUGUGGUUUUCACUUUUUCUGGAUCUGCUGUCAAGAAAGGAAGAAAAAAGAAAGUGGGCAAAAACAGAGCGGAGAGCCCGGAAGUCGGUUCAGUAAAUGAGAGUGUAAAAUAGUCGUCUCUGGGGGAAAGGUGAUGGGAAUUUCUGCAAUGUGUGUCUCCAUCAAGUGCCACUACCCUGGAGAAGGAGGACGUGGGGUGGGGCUGUGGCCUCUUUCUGGGUGGCCUGCAGGUGCCAAUCCAUGCAAGAGCCUUUAUGAGACUCUUGGAAGCUCUUCGCUCUGUGACACAAGCCGAGAGGCGGACUCCCGGUCCCCUGCGGUGUCUGGGAACCUUCAGGGGGUUGGACAGGGCUCCUCGCCCCCUCCCCCAUGGACUUCAUUAGUGAUUUGAAAAGGUCUUGACCCCUCCUGGGAACUUAGUCACUUUCUUGAGGAAUGAUUCUGCUGAAACUCAACAUGCUCCGUGUUUUCGCGCGCCCCACCAUUAAUGACCAUCUUUGUUUGGAAACGGGAUCUUUGGUCUCGAAAAUAACCUGCCUUGUCAAGGAGGCACGUGUCCUAGAAUGAUUUCUGUAUUAUACGUGGCUUUACAAUUCCACGAAGCACCAAGCGCUGUUUCAAAUGCCUACACAGGCCAGAGAAAACCCCAGGCAAAAUGCCUUUUCUGAAUGGGGAGGUGUGAAAUCCAAGGAACAGUGGGAGCCCAUCUUUCUAGGAAGAGUGUCUUCUUGAUUGAGACCAAGGCAGCUUAGACCUAGUUCAGCCCCUUCGACUCUGGGGCAACCUUCAUCUCGAACUUUAGUUCUAUAAACUACUGAGUACUUCCUUCUGUGUUUGUUGUUUGUUUCAGUGGUGAUGAAGGGUUUUGUUUUUCUUUAGAUAUCUAGCUUAGGCCAAAUUCAGUUUAGGAAACAUAUAUUUGAACUAUUCUGUAUUGUCAGAGCACAUUUCUGCUGAGUUGGCCUCCCCCCCACCACCACCACUGUAACUAGGUUGGUGUGCUCAGCUCAGUCAAUGGUGGAGGCGAGUUUCUCCUUGAACUUGUGCUCAGAGCCGUGUGUGACGUCCCAACGGCAGGUCUGCUGAAAGACCCCUUCUUUCAACCACGGGAGGUCAAGAAUAUACAAGCUCCUCACACACGCUGUGUCUUAUUCUUUAUAUGUCAUAUACUUUAGGAGCUGCAAAUCAAUAAAGUCACCCUCAUUUUAAGCCAAGGUACCAGGUUUCUGCUGAUAAUACCUUUGGGUAGUGUGUUCUAGUCCUAAAAAUGACCAGAUUGGUCAUGAGGUAACAGGAUAUGGUGGCAGAAGCCAUUUUAAGCUUAGAAAAGUAACUGUAGAUAAACCCCAACUCCCCACUGUACUGAGCCUUCAACUUAGGGGCAACUGAGUCAUUGGUAUAAAGAUACAUUUUCUUCCCAAAUGUCUUGUGAUGGAUAGACAGGCCUUCCUAGUCAGGCAGUCCUGCAGCAGAUGUUCUCUGGAGAGCACGAGAAAAAAACCAAGGUCAUGGCAAGAUUCACAUCCAGCCAUAAACUUCAAUUUUCUUGACUGACCCCAUCAAGAGGGCCAUGUCAGUCACUGAGCAGACGCUGUGGGUCCUGCAACCAUGAGGGGACACUUGAGUUUCCUGGGCCAAAAGGAGCCCAGAAAUGAGCUCAAGCACAUGCACAUCCAGCUGUCAUCCACAACCCGUAGGCAUGCCUGCUGUGUGGCUCAGUGGUUGUCCGUCGACCCAAGAACCAGGAGGUCAUGGUUCAAUUCCCAGUCA